CGAGCAAUCUUUUCAGGCCUAAGGAAACUACCCCUAACUGAACGCACAAGCAGACGAAAAAGUAUAAAUAUGUGGCUUCCAUAUGUUUACUAGCAUUCGUUCUCUGUGUGUUAAGUGAACUAAGUGAAACAAAUCAAAAUGUCUGGUCGUGGAAAAGGUGGCAAAGUGAAGGGAAAGGCAAAGUCCCGCUCCAAUCGUGCCGGUCUUCAGUUUCCAGUAGGUCGUAUUCACCGUCUGCUCCGCAAGGGCAACUAUGCCGAGCGUGUUGGUGCCGGCGCUCCAGUUUACCUGGCUGCCGUGAUGGAAUAUCUGGCCGCUGAAGUACUCGAGUUGGCUGGCAAUGCUGCUCGUGACAACAAGAAGACUAGGAUAAUCCCGCGUCAUCUGCAGCUGGCCAUUCGCAACGACGAGGAGUUGAACAAGCUGCUCUCCGGCGUCACCAUUGCCCAAGGUGGAGUUUUGCCCAACAUCCAGGCUGUUCUGUUGCCCAAGAAAACCGAGAAGAAGGCUUAAACGUUCCAAAAGCAGAGCCAACUACAUACUUGUACAUAAAAACAAACCCAACCGUCCUUUUCAGGACGACCACGUUUUUACCAAAGAUUUGUAACGAUUUUCAAAUAGAGCGA